CGUAGGUCUUUCCAGUAUUUAGAUGACGAAAUACUUAGAUUAUUAUACCCGAUUUACGUACGACCACAUUCAGUAUAUGGGAUUCAAGCAGUGAGUCCUUGUUUCAAAUAUGAAGCAGAUAUGCUAGAAAGAGUCCAACGACGAGCUACUAAGAUGGUACAAGGUCUAUCUGGCCUAUCUUAUGAAGACAGACUGAGACACCUUAACUUAUUUCCGUUAUCUUACCGUAGAGUACGGGGUGAUCUAAUAUUGGCUUAUCGUAUACUGAACGAUGACCUUGGUAUUAACAUGUCUUAUCUUUUGCUUCCGUCUAGAACCGAUCAUUUGAGAGGACAUUCGAAGACAGUUCAAAAACCGAGAUCAAACCGUUUACGUCUGGAGUUCCGUUUCUCGCACCGAGUAGUGAAUUACUGGAAUUCUCUACUGGAACACGUAAUAUCAGCACCUUCUGCUGAUAUAUUUAAACCGACAUUGGACCUCUACAGUAUUACAAACUGCAAGGAUUAAUGUAGGUUGAUAGACCUCCUAUGCUUAUUACUAAAGCCUGAAGAUAGACAAAAAAAUAACUUGAG